GGCGCUGGCUCUGAGACACCACCUCACCUCUGUUGGUGUUUCAAGAGCACGCCUUUGAUGUGGCUUCCCGAGUUUGGAUUUACCAGCACAUGAGGCUAAAGACUAGAACUGCAGUAUUUUGGACCAUGAUGCGCAACCAAGCUGAACUGCCAUCUUGAUUUUACGCUGGCCCUCAUAGUGCCAGGGACAGAGGUGGCAAUGUUGUAGGGGCUCAAGACAGAAGGAUUUGGGGUCAUCAUUCUUAGAGGUCCCGGCUGGUCUCACAGAAGAGAAUGGUUUACUAGGACUAUUAUGGUCUCAUCUGAAUUAUUUGCUGAGACCCUUUAGGAAUGCCAAUUGGCUUUUGAGUGGAUAAUUGUUGCAGUGAGAGCAGUGACGUUGAAAACAACUAUUGCCUGUUUGAAUUACUUAAAGCACCACCAUGAAAAGAAAUACCUGUGAUUUGCUUUCUCGGAGCAAAAGUGCCUCUGAGGAAACACUGCAUUCCACUAAUGAAGAGGAAGACCCUUUGCGAGGAAUGGAACCCUAUCUUGUACGGAGACUUUCUUGCCGCAGUGUCCAGCUUCCCCCUCUCGCCUUUAGACAGUUGGAACAAGCUGACUUGAAAAGUGAAUUGGAGAACGCUCAAAGGCCAACCAGUCUCCCCCUGAAGAUUCUACCCCUGAUUGCUAUCACUUCCGCGGACUCCAGUGGGUGUUGCUUACCAGAAUACUGUUUCAGUUCCCAGCACAAGGCAGUUUUAUUCUGCAUUAGUAAGUACAUCACCAUUUUUGAAACUCUGUGCAGAUGGAUGUUGGAGAAAGUGUGGCAACAAAGCAAAGCAAAGCAAAACUUUGCAGUUACCAUGGUGGGUGGCAGUGGAGAUAUAAAGCAAGAAAGACAUAAAACAGAAUAA